AUGAGCGUAGCGCGGCGUUCCUUUGUCUUCCCCUUUGGAGGGUGCUUCCGUGCACCCCCUACCGACGACUAUGACUUGCCUCGACUGCCACUGCCGCCGGCCCUGCCAGAAAAGGACCUCAAGGGACGCUUGCCAGUGGUUAUCUCCGUCGUUCCGGUCAUUCCGUUCCCCCAAGCCCCACCAAGCCUUUCAGCACCGUCUACCCCGGACAUCUAUGGGCGUGGCGUACUCUGCUACGAAACGUUUCCACGCAUAUUCGACCUCGUACUUCAAUACUCGUCUCUUCCAGCACUACUGCGGCUCCGUGGGACCUGCACAGAUGUGCGCAGCCGCGUAGACGAGAUCCUGAACUACCAUGUCGUCGUCCGCAGCAAUGGAACUGUGGCUCCGUAUGGGUUUGGAGGGCGUACACCGGCAUCCAGAGCCGCUUACGGCGGUGUGGAUGAGUGGACAACACGGCGCGAGGAGGGCAGUGCGCACCUUUGGACAGCCGAUGUGCGCAUCUUGGACAUUCCGACAGCCAACGAGGUGCAGCGCAUCAAGGACAUUCUGCCGCCAGAGGAGACGAGGAUCACAUCCCUUUACGCUAUCCGUCUCCUGCACCACACAUGCGCCAAGCGCCGCUUCCAGAGUAUCCAGACGCGACAUACACAGACGCACCUUGACCGCUCGCGGUUCUCCACUCUUGUCCUCUUUGGCAACGUCCACGUCCCAACCCCACACCUCAUCGUCCCCGAGUGUGUGGCCCGUAUCGUGUUGAACCUCGACUAUUCUGCCGAGUUCAACCGCUGGCACGCAGACUUUGUGGACAUUGAAUACGACGGCGAGCUCAUCCUGGAGUUUGUCAUUCGGUUCCGACACCGACCAGGCUGUGCGGCCGCGGGCGCAGGCUUCCGGUAUGUGGCAUCGCCCCGCGGUGUCCUCGAACCGCUGCUGUGGUCGUUUGCGCGGCUGCGCUCCACAACGCCAAUGGUCAUUGAAAAGUUUACGUUCGUCGACUGUCCUGAUAUCCCUCAGCAACACGUCGUCAACCCGCUGCACCCAAGAAAGAAGUAUACCAGCAUCCCGCAGGCGAUUGUCGAGUUUAUGAUUGAGGCGGACGGGCCGGACCGCGAUGUCAUUGUUGGCCGUCCCGCCACGGUGGCCACAGACGGGACUGCACGGUUCAGCUUUAUCACUCUUGAACAGUACACAAAGAGGGUGGACCCCGAACAGUUCCGCAUCGAAAUGGCAGAGUAA